UGUCCCCGGCGGGCGGGGCCCCGGCAGCCUCGGCUGCGGCGCGGACAUGGCUGCGCUGGUGGAGCCGCUGGGGCUGGAGCGGGACGUGUCCCGGGCCGUGGAGCUCCUGGAGCGGCUCCAGCGCAGCGGGGAGCUCCCGCCUCAGAAGCUGCAGGCGCUGCAGAGGGUCCUGCAGAGCCGCUUCUGCUCCGCCAUCCGUGAGGUCUACGAGCAGCUCUACGACACGCUGGACAUCACCGGCAGCGCCGAGAUCCGGGCCCACGCCACGGCCAAGGCCACCGUGGCGGCGUUUGCAGCCAGCGAGGGCCACGCGCACCCGAGGGUGGUGGAGCUGCCCAAGACAGAGGAGGGUCUGGGCUUCAACAUCAUGGGGGGGAAGGAGCAGAACUCCCCCAUCUACAUCUCCCGCGUCAUCCCCAGCGGCGUUGCCGACCGCCACGGCGGACUCAAGCGGGGGGACCAGCUGCUCUCCGUCAACGGCGUGAGCGUGGAGGGGGAGCAGCACGAGAAGGCCGUGGAGCUGCUGAAGGCUGCCCAGGGCACGGUGAAGUUGGUGGUGCGUUACACCCCGCGGGUCCUGGAGGAGAUGGAGGCUCGCUUCGAGAAGAUGCGCUCCGCCCGACGCCGCCAGCAACAUCACAGCUAUUCCUCUCUGGAGUCCCGAGGGUAAGGGUCCCUCUGGAGUUGACAGGAGUCAGUCAGCCGUGCGCUGUGUGUCUGGAGAUCAGAGGCCUCAGUGGCCUCCCAAGCCUGAACUUUGUUCUGUCUCUCCCUCCCUAUCCCGCUCCUCUCCUCCCUUAUUUAAACUCCUUUCUGACCCUCA